CACAAACCGUCAAAAUCGUUUUUGUUUACAAUCUGCUACCAAAGUGGUUCUCUCCGUUUUUCUUGUCCGUGUUAAUACGUGUAAAAAUGAACAAAGGAGAUUACUUCAACGUUGUGCAAACAUUAGAGGCAGGGACUCCGAUGCUGUCGGUGGUUCCGCAUCAAUGGAUAGAAGGGAAGUUUCUGUUAUGGCCUGGGAAGAAUGCUAGCGUUAUAUGUAAAGAUGUUUCUUCGAAACCUACUGCUUCUUGGACAAAAAUUCCCUGUAUAGUUAAGAGGAAGUACAUUCCAACAUACGCUGAAGCGGAACAGGAGGUCGCUGAUUUAUCGGGAAUGUCCACAGAUGUAUCAGACUACAUACCGAAGAUAAAACAUGCAAAAAACGCCAAGACUGUUGCAUCCAGAAAGAGUUAUGAUUUUAAUCACCUCAUGGGUAAAUCCGGCUCAUGCUCUCCAUAUUUUCAUCAAGAUGCAUCCACACAAAAUCAACUAAAUCCUCCAGCUGCUGUCUCUCAGCCAUUAGACAGGCUUCACCUCCAAUCUGAACCUACAAAACCGCCGCAGGACUUUCAAGAAGAAGUGAACCGACGAUCUUCUCAACAAUAUCAACAACCUCAGCCAAUCUUCGAAGUUAUCAAUCAAGAUAACCUUUUGCAGCAGAGCGCAAUGGAAGACAACCUUAUUUCCGGAGGAUACGUGCUGAAUAUUGAGCAGGUAUGGGAGUGUCAAAAUACCGAUUGAUCAUUAGGAGUCAAGCAAAAGGCUUGCGUCAGUCAUCGAUCCAUCGCCGUUUCAAGCGGAUGGCGGAAAGGUCCAUUAAAAGUUCAAGCGAUCUUGAUAAAUCCAGCCUAUCAGAAGGCCAUUAUCCUAGUACAAAUAGAACAAAAGAAGAAAACGUCGAACAGGAAUCUGGGAACGUGAAAUAUGAAGAUGAUGGAGACACUGAUGACAACAAUUAUGGUGACGAUGAAAAUGACGGCAACGAUGAUAGUGAAGUUGACUGAUGACAAGAUGACAAGGAUAUCGCUUCUCGGCCUAAAGGCUAAGAUCAAAGAAAAGAUGACAAGGAUGAAAAUAAAGAAUAUAACGCUGCACGUUACGAACUGCCUAGGUAUUUUAUUUCUUUCCAUAAUUUACAUAUUAUUUGAAGCGCUUUUUUUAUUUAUCGUACAUAUAUAUAACUGUUUUUCCUUGUUUUAUGUAAUAAAAAUGUUUGCAGACUGUCUCACGAAAAAGUAUAUGAAUGUAAUAAGAUUGUGAUUUUUGAUAUAUUUCAUGAUAUUAUCCUGCACAAAUUGUAUGGAGAAGUGGAAGUAAUACAAUGGUGUUUUGUGUGUAAGGAACCGCUACGAAUUUGCAAGUAAUAUCGUUUAUGUUAUAUGUUUUACCUGAUUUCAAAAAUAAUUUUACUAGAAAAAUAUACAAAUAUGAUGAACGA